CCACCUUAGCUAUGGCUUCACCAGCUGAGUGCCGCCAGGGAUAACACUAAAUCACUCUGAAUUAAAGUGUCAACUCUGGAUGCGCGUACUCGAGUGAGAGCAAGGACUAUGGCAAACAAUUCUGCCUCAAGAAUGGCCGCUCAGAUACAAGGAACCAGUCAGAAUCCUUGUUGUCGUCCAAAGCAGCCAAUCACAGGGUUUGUUUGCGGCUUCUCUGUUUACAACAUGGCGACACAGAAGCGGGGCGCGGGUGCCACGGGCUGGCCGAAAAACUCCACUCCACCGUCUUACGGUGCCAAAUAUAACGGAAAUCCAUCAAUGGCGCUUAAGCGAUCAAUCAGCCUAUAUCCCUUGACAAAUUACACAUUUGGAACUAAAGAUCCUCUAUUUGAGAGAGAUCCCAGUGUUCCAGCGAGAUUCCAAAGGAUGCGGGAAGAAUUUGAUAAAAUUGGGAUGCGAAGGAGUGUUGAAGCCGUCCUUCUCGUCCAUGAACAUGGCCUCCCUCAUGUCCUUCUCCUCCAGCUAGGCACCACAUUCUUUAAACUACCUGGAGGAGAACUGAAUACAGACGAGGAUGAGGUGGAAGGUCUUAAGCGGCUACUAACAGAGACACUCGGGAGGCAGGAUGGUGUCAAGCAGGAGUGGGUUAUUGAAGAUAUCAUUGGCAACUGGUGGAGACCAAACUUUGAACCUCCACAGUAUCCAUAUAUACCUUCACAUAUUACAAAACCUAAGGAACACAAAAAACUUUUCCUUGUUCAGCUUGGAGAAAAAGCAUUAUUUGCAGUACCGAAGAACUACAAACUUGUUGCUGCUCCAUUAUUUGAGCUAUAUGAUAACUCUCAAGGUUACGGACCAAUUAUUUCUUCAUUACCGCAGGCUUUGUGCAGGUUCAACUUCACCUAUAUGUAGGUUCCUGGAGUACAGUACCUUGGAAUGAAUGUGUGAAAAUUGGUGUGUUGUAUAGUGCAAGCGAUCCUUGACGUCCCGUGGUUUGUUGUAGAUACAGUAUGAACAUUCACCUGCAUUGUGCGAGUUCGAACACAAAUUGUUGAGACAUCGAGAUCUAUUUUAUAUAAUUACUGCAGUGGCUGUAUAUCAACCUGAAAAUUGCAUGGACACAAGUUGUACAAUAAUUCAUUGCAUUGCGAGUUGAGUAUUACAGUACUGAAAUGGUACUAUGCUAGUGUUGGUUUUCAUACAUCUCGUUCAAUAAUCCUUUAUCUGAUAUUUCUUGGCAAAUUAGAUUGCUAGGAAGAACAUGAUUAUGUUCUCUUGAUAGGUUUUAAGCGAGCUUACAAUGACCACAUGAAUUUUCAUCAUUUCUGCUCACUUGUCAAGAAUUAUAGUUGCCAUUCAAUAAUUUUUGUUAGUACUGUAGUUAACUUUGUGGUUAUAUGUAAUGUUUACAUGCCAGUGUGAAAAUUGUCACAUUCUCACUGUUAUCAUGGUACAAAAUAUUAAAGGUAUUGUCUACAGUAUCCAGUCUGGGGUUGAAAUGUGGCAGUACAUAUUUGUCAUAGAAAAUAAACCAACAUUGUAUUUUACAUAUGCCUCCUUUUGCAAUUAAAAUAUCAUCUUUUCUUUA